AAAAACCCUAGGCAAUCUAAGAUAUUUCUAUCGAAAAAACAGUAACAAAGCCUAAAAAAGAAGAAGAGAAAAGAAGAAGAAAUAUGAGAGAGUGCAUUUCGAUCCACAUUGGUCAGGCUGGAAUCCAAGUCGGUAACUCCUGUUGGGAGCUCUACUGCCUUGAACAUGGCAUUCAGCCUGAUGGACAAAUGCCCAGUGACAAAACCGUAGGAGGCGGAGACGAUGCCUUCAACACAUUUUUCAGUGAAACCGGCGCCGGAAAGCACGUUCCCCGUGCUGUGUUUUUGGAUCUUGAGCCGACCGUCAUCGAUGAAGUGAGGACCGGGACUUACCGCCAGCUUUUCCAUCCCGAACAGCUCAUUAGUGGAAAGGAAGACGCAGCCAAUAACUUCGCUAGAGGCCAUUACACUAUUGGCAAAGAGAUAGUAGAUCUAUGCCUUGACAGAAUCCGAAAGCUCGCUGAUAACUGUACCGGGCUUCAAGGGUUUCUGGUUUUCCACGCUGUUGGUGGUGGAACUGGAUCUGGUCUGGGAUCUCUGCUUCUCGAGAGACUCUCUGUUGACUAUGGGAAAAAAUCGAAACUUGGGUUUACUGUUUACCCGUCUCCUCAGGUCUCCACCUCCGUUGUUGAACCUUACAACAGUGUUUUGUCCACUCACUCCCUUUUGGAACACACAGAUGUGUCUGUUCUUCUGGAUAACGAGGCUAUCUACGAUAUUUGCCGAAAAUCACUUGACAUUGAAAGACCCACUUACACUAAUCUGAACAGGCUUGUAUCUCAGGUUAUUUCAUCCCUCACUGCUUCUCUUCGCUUCGACGGAGCUCUUAACGUGGAUGUGACGGAGUUCCAAACCAAUCUUGUCCCUUACCCUCGAAUCCAUUUCAUGCUUUCUUCAUAUGCUCCUGUGAUUUCUGCAGAGAAAGCCUACCACGAGCAACUUUCAGUGUCUGAAAUCACAAACAGUGCUUUCGAACCAUCUUCUAUGAUGGCCAAAUGUGAUCCUCGGCAUGGAAAAUACAUGGCUUGUUGUUUGAUGUACAGGGGAGACGUUGUGCCAAAAGACGUGAACGCAGCAGUCGCCACCAUCAAGACCAAGAGGACUAUUCAGUUCGUUGAUUGGUGCCCAACUGGGUUCAAGUGCGGUAUAAACUACCAGCCACCUACAGUGGUUCCAGGAGGUGACUUGGCUAAGGUUCAGAGAGCUGUUUGUAUGAUUUCAAACUCCACUAGUGUUGCCGAGGUGUUCUCUAGGAUUGACCAUAAGUUUGACUUGAUGUACGCAAAGAGAGCUUUUGUGCAUUGGUAUGUUGGUGAAGGUAUGGAAGAGGGUGAGUUUUCGGAAGCCAGAGAAGACUUGGCUGCACUUGAGAAGGACUAUGAGGAAGUUGGGGCAGAAUCUGCUGAAGGAGAUGAUGAUGACGAGGGAGAGGAGUACUAAGCUUUCGUUAUAGAAGUAUUUUGUUCUGCCAAUGUACUCAUUGGUCUGUAACUGAUAUUACAACACCCACUAUCCUUUGUUUUUGAUUUGUUGCUAGUUACAUUUUGUGCUUCGGUUAGUUUUAUUCAAUGGAUGGUUUCAGUAUAACAAAUGUUCAUUUUGCUUCAAAA